UUGUUGAAUAAAAAUAAAAUAUAUUUGGCGCAGUGAGUCACUUACUGUUUUCCCUUCCCUUUCCCUCUUCCUGAAAUUCCCCUUUUCUCAUCCUUUCCGACAAUUAGACCCCACAAUUUCUCCGCAAUUUUCUCUCUCUCUAAAUUCCCUCUUUCCCAAAUUCAAAUCCAAUGCCAGCUUCUUCUCCUUCAGAUGGUCGAGGUCGGUGGAAGCGGCGGAAGCGAGACCGGAGACCCAAGCAUCUCCAAGAAGAUAACGAUGUCCCGGAGGAAGAUGUAGAAGAGGAAGAUAACAACAACGAGGACAUCGAUAACCACCGCGAUAACAAUUCCGGGGACGAUGCCGGAGGGGGAUUUAGGGAUCCGUCUUUGCUGGGGUCCAGCGAGUGUGAGGUUCUGGCUGAUGGUGGAGUUCGCAUCUCGGAGUUCCCCCCCGUGGUCAAGCGGACUGUGAACCGUCCUCACGGUUCUGUGAUGGCGAUCGUGGCGGCUGAGCGGGCCGGUUUGGUUGGGGAUAGCAAGGGCCACCAGCAGGUGGCUCUGGCGGUUUUGGAGAACGUUUCGUACGGGCAGUUACAGUCGGUUUCGACUGAAGCUCCCAUUGUUGAACCGGAGAAGUAUGUGAUUACACCUCCUCCGAUAAUGGAGGGGCGUGGCGUUGUUAAGAGGUUUGGGAGUAGGGUUCAUAUCCUGCCAAUGCAUUCAGAGUGGUUCUCACCAGCCUCCGUGCAUCGACUAGAAAGACAAGUUGUGCCACAUUUUUUUUCUGGAAAAUCACCUGAACAUAUGCCCGAAAAAUAUAUGGAAUGUAGAAACCACAUUGUUGCCAAGUAUAUGGAUAAUCCAUUGAAGAGAAUUACAGUUUCUGAUUGCCAGGGAUUGAUAGAUGGAAUCAGUAAUGAGGAUUUAACUCGAAUUGUUCGGUUUCUUGAUCACUGGGGAAUCAUCAAUUAUUUUGCAGCUGCACCAAGUCAUGAGCCUUGGAGUGCUGGGUCCUACUUAAGGGAGGAGCCAAAUGGCGAUGUUCAUGUGCCAUCGGCUGCAUUAAAGUCUAUUGAUAGCUUGAUCAAAUUCGACAAGCCAAAAUGUAGGCUCAAGGCAGCUGAUGUUUAUUCAUCAUUGUCAUGUCAUGCUGAUAUCUCUGACUUGGACAAUAGAAUACGAGAGUGCCUAGAUGAAAACAAUUGCACUUCAUGUUCUCAGCCCGUUGCCACUUCAUAUUAUCAGUCACAGAAGGAGGUUGAUGUACUGCUGUGCUCUGAUUGCUUCCAUGAUGGGAGAUUUGUUUCUGGUCAUUCAAGCAUAGAUUUUGUUAGAGUAGAUUCAACAAAAGAUUAUGGGGACCUAGAUGGAGAUAGUUGGAACAACCAGGAAACUUUACUGUUGCUUGAGGCAAUGGAAAUUUACAAUGAGAACUGGAAUGAAAUAGCUGAGCAUGUGGGCACUAAGUCAAAAGCACAAUGCAUACUUCAUUUUGUACGUCUACCCAUGGAGGAUGGCCUAUUGGAAAAUUUGGAAGUUCCGAGCAUGCCCAAGUCAACAAUUGUUGCAAACGGAGACAGCCAAAGAUUACACUCAAACAUGAAUGGGAGUCUACCAGGGCCCAGCCUUCAAGAUGCGGAUUAUCAAAGCAAGGUUCCUUUUGAGAAUUCUGGGAAUCCAGUUAUGGCUAUGGUUGCUUUUCUGGCAUCUGCUGUUGGACCAAGAGUUGCUGCUGCCUGUGCCCAUGCAUCCUUGGCAGCAUUGGCUGAAGAUGUAGAUAAGGAAGGUUCGGGACAUGGUAAUAGGAUGAAUAUGGAGAGUGUACAUAGUAGAGAAGGUGGUUUACAUGGUUCCGUUCAUCAAAAAGAGAACUCAGCAAUACAUUCAUUUGGUCAAAAUGAGGCAGAGGAUCAUCCACUAUCUGCUGAAAAAGUUAAAGCUGCUGCCAAAGCUGGCCUUGCAGCUGCAGCUAUGAAGGCAAAACUGUUUGCGGACCACGAGGAACGAGAAAUUCAAAGGUUAUCAGCCAAUAUCAUAAAUCAUCAGUUGAAGAGAUUGGAGCUGAAGCUUAAGCAGUUUGCAGAAGUUGAAACGUUACUCAUGAAAGAAUGUGAACAAGUGGAGAAAACAAGGCAAAGGUUUGCUGCUGAGAGGGCUCGAAUUGUAUCAGCUCAAUUCGGAACCACCGGAGUCGCUUCACAAAUGAGUGUACCUGUGAUUUCUUCUCCCAUGGUUAAUAACAUUGGCAACAACAGGCAACAGGUAUUGUCAGCCUCACCUUCAACGCCAAGCAAUUCUGGAUAUGUUAACAACCAACCAGUAAAUCCCCAUAUGCCAUUCAUGCAACGCCAACCGAUGUUUCCUAUGGGUCCGAGGAUGCCCCUUACAGCCAUGCAAGCAUCCACAUCAGCUCCUCCUAAUGUCAUGUUCAACUCCCGAGGGAAUGCACAACCAACUCUUAACCAUCCACUAAUGAGGUCGGUUUCCGGGGCUGGAUCUGGUCUAGGUUGAAAUGAAAGAGUCAAAAAUAAAUUUUGGAUUUUAUUGAUGGAAUUCAUUGGUGGUGUUGAUUUUCUGCGCUUCGGAGACAACCAGUAGCUUGGACGAACAGUUGAAGCAUCUUCAGCUUCAAAAUAUAGAACCUGAAGCAAUUUUUAGGGUUUGUAACAUCAUACAAUUAAUGUAGUUUGGGGUUUAAUUAUGAAAUAUUGAGACUAAUUACCAAAAUUAAUUGUAUAAAUAAAUUAUCUAAAAAUUUUAGAGCAUCCCAAUCGAAUGAAAACUAAUGCGCGUCUAUUCUUGCUAA